AUGAGGGUUCAUCCAGAGGCCCAGAGGAUCCUGGGUAAUUCCCGCAUACCUGUAGUGAGCCUGGAGCGCCUGGACUUCCGGUCUGUGUCCUUAUCUUCUCUGCAGCCUGUGGUGUCUCUGGUGCGUCUGCCCUGCCAAUCACAAGCGGAGCUCCACAAUCAGGAUGGAUUCGGUCAAAACGAGGCAGGCAUUUUAGAGAUCAGAGGAGAUUCACCUGAGUCUAAACCGGCAGAGUUAUCUGAUCGCAGUCAACCAGAAGCAACAUCCAUAUCCUGGACUGAACCAUAUUCUCCCGACUGUUCCCCCUGUGAAGAACCAGAGCAGGACUCAGGCUUUGACUGCGAAUCAAACCCGGAUCAGCCAUAUAUCCUGUUUGAUUGUGGAGCUGAUGAAUGGGACCCGGACGGAAAAACGGAUUGCGAAACCUUUUAUCUGGAUCCAGAUCCGGAGCAGACCAUGGUGAUCCAACUGGAGCCGGAGCCAGACGCAGAUCAGAACCGAUCCCUGCAGCUUGACGACGAGCCUGAAAUGAAAUGCGAAGCGGAUGUGGUUGAAAUGGAGGACAGAGAAGAAGAAAGACCUGACGUUUGCUGCUCACAGGAGGAGGGCGACUCCUCCAUCCGUCAGCCUGAACCUGGGGACGGGACUGAGGAGAUGGAGAGUGAAGACUUCUGUGGUGUUUGUCUGAACGGUGGAGAUCUGCUCUGCUGCGACCGCUGUCCUAAGGUUUACCACUUGGCCUGCCACAUACCUCCUCUCACCAGCUCCCCACUAGGGGACUGGGUGUGCACGCUGUGCAGGUCCGACCAGGAGCCCGCGGAGGCCUACGACUGUGAGGACAUCCACUCCUGUGGGGGGAUGACGGCUCCGUACACACUGUCCAACCAGGACCAGAGGCGGUGUGAGAAGUUGACUCUGCUGUUGUACUGUCACCUGCUCAGCGCUCCGUUUCAUGAACCUGUCAGCCCUCUGGCCCGAAACUACUACCAGAUCAUCAAGAGGCCCAUCGACCUGUCGGUGAUCCGCAGGAAACUGGACAAGAGCAAAACUCUGCACUACUUCAGCGCUGAGCAGUUCGUAGAUGACGUCCUGCUGAUGCUCAAGAACUGUGCCACUUUCAACUACCCAGACUCAGAGGUGGCUCAGGCCGGGCGGAACCUGGAGGUGUUUUUCUUCAGCAAGCUGAGGGAGAUCUUUCCCGACCGGACGUUCCCGUCGGCCAGCCAGGACAGGACGGACACAGCUCGUCUCCGCUGGCUCAGCAGGAAGAGGAGGGAAAAAGACAGGAGGAAGAGAUACACGUUUAGCGGGAAAAAAUAUUAUCUUUAACGUGACAUCCUUGCGUCACAGCCUUUUAAUUCAUGGAAAACAUGACGGAAACUGCGCCAGUCAUUUUGUACCAAACAAAAGCAUCUUAUGGGGAGCCAUUAAAUGUCGGUCAUUUUUACAUGUCAGGUAUUUACACAGAAAAUGUUGUCAAAAACAUCUCAUUAAUGUGAACUGAAUUUUGAAUGAAUUUUCCUGGUUGUAGAAUGGAAAAUGAUGAGGCACAUUUGAAAAAAAAAAAACCUUGAGAGCCCGCUCUUCUUAAAGGGAUGUUUUUUUUAAAACUUUGUGUGAUGUGACUGAUAUUGUACUCUAAUUUUUCACUGUAUCUGCUGUAUCCAACUACAAAAUAAAUACUUUUAUCCUUUUUUUUAGGUUUUGCCGCAUACUGUAUAAAGGAUCGUGCCGAAAACCCACUGUCUCUGAAAUGAUGACGGAAAAAGAUGAUCUUUUAUUAGUUCCACUACGGGGAAUUUUCUGACAAAAUGAAAAUAAAAAAAUGUUUUU